AUGUCGUUGCGAUUCCGAGAUCAAACCCAGAAUCCCCCACGCCCUCGCUAUCCGCGCCUUAUGGAGUCCUGCGUCGGAGAUCACCAUCUUCCUCCCAUUCCAGAGGAACUCAAGCAAUAUAUACGAUCGGAGAUAGAUAUCAUUAUCCGUCCAAUUACUUCUAAAUUCCAGCAAAUUCAUCACCUCAAGGCCACUGAUAUUAACAUAAGCCAGUUAGUGAAUCGUGACCAGGUCCCAGCAGAGCUCUUGUCUACUGAGACCACAUGUCUCAGCCGCAGUCUCUCGCAAGUCGCGAGCCUCAAAGUGGAAGAGUUGGGCAUCGUAGGCAUCGAUGAGUGCGUAGAGUAG